GAAUGUUUUUUUUUUUUUUUUUUUUUUGCAGCCGGUUGUGUGUACAUCGCGGAAGAAGAAAGCAGCACAUGAGUCGUUUAGCAGCAUCAGGCUGAAGGCAGCUGUGUGUUUGUGUGUUUCUGCAGCCGCCACGGAGCAUGCAGCAGCGUUUCGUCCUCAGUUUUCUUUAGCCAGCUGACUAACAUCGUGUCUCCAUACACAUCAUCACAGAAUUUAGUUUUCUGUGUUUUUUUGUGACUCUGCAGAGCUGCCGCAGUGACGAAUGAGGGCGUCGUCAUGACCCUGAGGAGAGUAAACGUGAUCAUUCUUGUGCUGCUGGCUGUGGCCUUCUUGAUCAUCGUUCAACGCAAUCUCCUGAACCUCAAUGACUUUUUGCAGAGAGAAAAUCCAGAUGCAGUGCCAGGUGUGAUUCUUCCCUUUGAGUCUGAGCUGUCUCCAAACCUCAGACUGGAGUCGGUGAGGACGGGGGAGGAGAUCCCUGUCCUCAUUACUGCUGCUGAGGAGAGACUUGGUGCCGCGGUGGCCGCUAUGAACAGCAUCUACAAGAACAGUAAAGCCAAUGUCGUGUUCAGCAUAGUGACCCUGAACAACACAGUGGAUCAUCUAAAAGUGUGGCUGAGCAAGACGGCACUAAACAACAUUAAAUAUAAGAUAAUUGUUUUCAACCCUGAGACCCUUGAAGGAAAGAUAUCCAAAGAUCCCGAGAGGCUUGAGACCGUCAAACCGUUGACAUUUGCCCGGUUCUAUUUGCCUGUGUACAUACCUGAGGCAGAGAAAGCCAUCUAUCUGGAUGAUGACGUCAUUGUACAAGGGGAUAUCAAAGAGCUGUAUGACACCAGCCUCAAACCAGGACAUGCAGCUGCCUUCUCAGAUGACUGUGAUUCAGCAUCUGCUAAAGGGUUCGUUCGAGGAGCUGGAAACCAGAAUAACUACAUAGGCUUCCUGGACUUCAAGAAGGAGGCGAUCAUGAAGCUGGGGAUGAGGGCCAACACGUGCUCCUUCAACCCUGGAGUGAUGCUUGCCAACCUGACUGAGUGGAAGAACCAGAACAUCACCAGGCAGCUGGAGCACUGGAUGGAGCUUAAUGCACAAGAGGAUCUGUACAGUAAGACACUGGCAGACAGUAUCACUACCCCGCCUCUCCUCAUCGUCUUUUACAAACAUCACUCCGUCAUCGACCCCAUGUGGCACGUCAGGCACCUCGGCAAUACCGGCGCUGGGAACCGCUACUCCUCCCAGUUUGUGAAAGCUGCCAAGCUGCUCCACUGGAACGGACAUUAUAAACCUUGGGGAAGAGCGUCCUCCUUCUCUGAGGUGUGGGAUAAGUGGUACAUUCCAGACCCCACGGGGAAGUUUCAUCCUGUGCGAAGACACAGAGGAGACUGAAGAUGGCUCUCAUGAACUGUGGAUCAUCAGCCAGCCCUGUUCCAGCAGGACCAAGCCUUUUGACUUCUCAGGAACAAACAGUACGAUGCAACAUCAUUUCACUCACCAAACCUCUAUCUGAUCUCUGCCAUCCUUCAGACCUAUAGACCUGUGUGCCCUCAAAAUGCCUUGAACAUAUAGAGAUAAUCUUUCGCCAGCACCUACCCUACACGUCUUAUCGUUGCUGUUUCUAUCCUUGAUAUGGUGCUGUGGAAAAGUGUUUCUAUCCAUCUUUGGUACAGAACUUAAAUGCCCUUGAGAUUGCUAUGGUCUGUGCUUCUCUUUUGAUAUUUUGAUAUAUGCAAACUGUUGAGAGCAGCUUGUUUUAUAUUGUGUAUUUUUGCAUCUAAAGAUUGUGUCCUUUUGCUCAGUAGAAAUCAGAGAAUCACACAGUAUGGAUAGAUUCCUUGACAGUGUCGUAAGACCACCUCAUACUUGAGCCAGCUUAUGUGACAAUUCUCUCAAGAGGUGAUCAGUGGGAAGUUCAUUAAUUAUGUUUACGAGAAGCUUAAUUAUUGUCAGUUUACUUGUAUCACCAAAUCAGAGGAUUCCACAAAAGUACCUCAACCAUGACAGAGUAACUCAGUUGGUCCCAACCUCACUGAAUUUUUAACCGGUUCAAAUAAUUCAAUUUCCAUCUAAUAAUCAGUCUAAGAUUAUUAUGCAAUUUGCCAUGUAACUGCUUUGUCAUUACCCCACUUAAGUAUUUUUGUGAGUGUUUAAUUUUUCAUAUAUGAAACACUAAAUUUAUAGCCACAAGGGGAUUCUCACCAGUAUCAAGUACAGCUUUGACUGCUGCAGUCAGGUUUAUGCAGUUACACCCUGCAUGCAACUGUGACCCAUCUUGGCUUGAAUGGCCCCAGCUAACGAUAAUAUACCAAACAUAAAAAUCCAAAUGAACAUGAAUACAACACUAUUUAACCCAUCAAGCUUGACAGUGGAUGUUUUGAGUCAGGAUUUUUGCUGUGGUUUUUAAACUUUAUAUGCAAACCACUAACCAAAUCACACCUCUUGAAUGCGUGAAGAACCUAAUUUAAAGUUUGAUCAAAAUUCUCGUGCUUUAUCCCUUCACUGUAUUCAGUUUUAUACUUGCUAAAACAUUCACCUUGCAGGUGUAAAUAUGUCAUCCUUUUGUAAAGCAGAUGAAAUAAAAAUACAUUUGUGACUUCCA